GCUGCCCGCUGUGCGUGCUGUGCGCCGUACACUCACUCACACAACCCGCGACAGCAGUGCUCUCGCAGCUCGAGCUGGCGCGCAAGUAGAGACAUGCCACUGGCCAAUGCCACAGCCACCACUACUGUGAUAUCGCGGAAUGUGGAGGCAGAGCUGGGCGCACCUGGUGUUGCUGAGGCCGGGGGACGAGACGGGAUGCUGGGGGGGAACGUAAUAGAGAGGUCGCCACGAGAAGCAGCGGGCGCGGCUUGGUCGGGCACCCGUCCGCUUUCGGAGCAGCUACCGACCUAUCCGGCUACUUGUUUUCUGGUUGCUGUGCUCGUGACGGUUUUCCUUGUGAUGUGGAGGAGGCGUGUGUCGGCGGCCUCGAUGGGGUCGAGCUACCGGAACCUCUUGGUGCGGCAAGAGUGGUGGCGGGUGGUGACGGCCGCCGUCGCCCACAGCGGGCUGCUGCACCUCGCGUUCAACAUCACAUCCCUCUGGUCCUGCAGGAGGAUUGAGGCGGAGCUUGGCUCUUGGGGUUACCUGUUGGCUUCAGCACACUUCGUUGUCCUCGCUGAGGUGUUCGAGAAGAUGUUCAUGCACGCCCUGCUUAGAACCGGCCGCGUUGUCGAUGAGAUUUCGUGCGGAUAUUCCGGGGUCGUCUUCGCGUGGAUAGUCGUUCUCUCGUUGAGGCCAGACACGCCGGCGCCAGACAUCGGGGGGUUCGUGUUCAGCGGUUUCGCGAGCGUCGUCGUGAACUUGGUGGUUGUCCGAAUUCUGAUACGCCAAUCAAGUUUCGUCGGGCACUUGGCGGGGGUGUGGGCGGGACUGCUGUUCUCCACCGGGGCGCUAGACUUCGCCAGGCAAGACCGUUACUGGAGCUUGGGCCUAGCCGCCUGGGCACUCGCGGUGCUUCUCGGCAGCCUCAAAGCGACAACGACAAUCCCGAUACCGCUCAUCGACUACGUCGACCUGUCAGGGCGGAAUGAUCUGGGCGUUGGUGUUGCCCCACUGGACUGGAGCAAUCGAGAAUGGUUGGAAGACUGGGCGGCGGCAAACGCUUGACUGCUGUUGGCAGUGGACGGCGCAUUUUCGUCGCACCAUGCAGCACCAACAUUUCACGUCUUUGGCGUCCCUUGGUAUUGUUCGUCGUAAGAGUCCAAUACUUCAGGGGUAUUGGUUGACAUUGUCGGUUGUGCACAGGCGCCCGCGCGCCUUGCUUCUGGGAAAAGCAUAACCUCUCUACAUCUUCCUUCUGAUGAAGGUCGGAGCUGUUCAUAUGUACGUGGAGUCUACAUGAUCGACACACACAUGCCGCCGGCAAUGUCUCUAGAUAUUCUCCGAUCUGUUCGGAUUUGGUGUUGUUGGGUUCGCUUGUAGGUGUUCAUGCACGUCGUUAUCGGUUGGGUUCGCUUUCGGGAGGGAGAGUUGACGACGACGACGACGACUGCCACCCCAACGUCGGCAAUGCUUGGCUUGGCUUUGGCUGCUUCUACCGUGUGAUCGAUUGCGUCGUUUGGCACAGUUCUUGCGUGUGGGAGAAGGUUGGGACGUAGAGCGAAGGGAAAAUCGGCGAACGGACGCAAAGCCUCGACCUGUGGCCGCUUUCGUUUGUGUUUUCAAGUGUUCUUUUGUCGUUUGGGUGUGUGCCUCUCGGGCGGGUGGGAGAUAGCGCAAGAUUUUGUCGCCCUCGAGUCUCUCGCUUCCGUUACUGGCUGUGGAAAGCGCUUUUCGUGUGGAAACUUUGAGAGGGAAGACAGCGGUGUGCUGCACUCUUCUCGGAUUCACAAACCAAACGCAACCGCCGCAGGAGGGGUUGGGUAGGGGGACUCACUUUGUCUUAUGUGUGACCAUGGGUUUGAGCUCCUACAACCGGCAGAAAAAUACGGUGAGCGCUUAGUGAAACCGAGUUAUGAAAGAAAACAAGAAAAUAAGUACCCUCGUGUGUCUGUGGCGCUUGUUUUCGUUGGUGCAAGCACCAACGGCCGAGAGGGAGGUGUGAAGGGAAAGAAAAUACGCAGCAGUAUCCGCCAUUCAUCAAGCCCGGGGUAGGAUCUGUUACAAUAGCUAUCCGGGGCUAAGGAGGCAUUGUUUGCUGCGUGGGGUGGAACGCGGAGCAACGUGUGGCGGACGCAAUCAAACGGGAGAAAACUCCUACACACUUGCGUGAGAGUAAUCGGUGCGCGAGACCCUUGUCACCAAGAAGGGAUGGACAUACAGUUAUGGCUCCCAUAAA